AUGUCAAGGCCAUUUGAUCAGACCCAGCAAUCUCCACCAGACUUUGUGCUGCAGCAAAACACCAACACCUUUCACUCACCCCAUGGCUCCAUUGGAGCAGUUGUUGGUGUUCUUAUUGUGGUGCUACUUUUGGGUCUGGUUGCUGCUGUGAUUGGAAGGGUCUGCUCUGGAAGGAGUAUUUUCGGGUACGGACAUUACGAUUUGGGGAGCUGGGCAGAAGCGAAAUGUGCAUCCUGCAUUGAUGGAAGAAUCAACACUCAGAUUCCAAGGCCUAAUGUGUCUGCUACUUCAUCUGCAACUGCAAGCCCAGCACAAACCCAGCAAGAAUCCGAGCUUCAACCUCCACAAACUGCAAAUGUUUGA